CUGCGUUACCAAGGGACAGCAGUGCAAUUUUGCAACGAUGGCUACAGAAUCCUUUGUCCCGAUGAAACAGGCACCACGGAAUCGAGCACAUUGAAAAGUAUGACUUUCAUCAUUAACAAUGCAAGCUCUUCCAAAGUAGGCCAGGCGCCAAAUGGCUGUUGCCGCCGUGUCUGCCAGGCUGAUGGAACCUGGUCUGGAAAGACCGCUGAAUGCAUUCCUGUGACCUGUCCCAAACUUCAGCAGCCCGAAAAUGGUUUCAUUUCGAGUUAUCUUACUAAAGUGAACAGUAUCGUAGCAUUUGAAUGUGCUGAGGGAUUUGAGUUAAGAGGCUCCAGUUUCCGAAAAUGUCAACCGACCGGUGAGUGGGACGGUGAACCCGCAUCGUGCCAAGAAACAAACUACAAACCAGGCGCUUUUUUUCAAUUUUUAGCCCGAUGCACGACCCGACCACCAAACAUUCCAAACGCCUUGACUCGAUUCUACAGUCUCCAACACGGCUCAGUAGUACGCUAUCAAUGUUUUCCAGGCUACAGACUAAACACCAGUUAUUCGGACGUUGCAUUGCGAUUGACCGCCAAUGCUAGCGAACUAAAAAAUACCUGGCCCCUCAACCAGGAUCGACUCAGUGUUAAAUGUGAAUAUGGUGUUUGGAAAGGAGAACUACCCUCUUGUAUCCAGGUACGCUGUAGCCGGCCCCCUGUGCCCACAGGAAUCGAAAUAUAUCUUAUCGGUGCUCGAGGUCGGUGGCCCUUCGACAACAACCAGAUUCUCCCUUCGCAUGGCGCCGCCGUGGAGUUUAGCUGCGUAUCCGAAGACCACCGAAUACAGGGGCCUCGGUACACCUUUUGUAUUGAGGGACACUGGAGUCCUGCCGAAACACCAAACUGCACAAAAGUUACUCAUGAUGUCAUCCCUCAGUCGUGGUUGUUUUACAAACCUUAA